AUGAAGGCUUUUUCUUUCAUUGUGGCAUUCAUAUUUGCGGCUAUUGUUGCAGCAGUGCCAAUGGAUAUGACUGUUGAUAAAUCAGCAAUAGAACAGAGGCCAGACAGCCGACUAGAUGUCAUGCGAGCCAUUCCGGCCGUGCUCCAGGAGUCGAUCAUUCCCCAAGGUGACAGUUUUAAUGUUACCAAUAUUACUCCUUCAACUGAUUUUUCUGCUACUCCUACUCCUCUUGAUCCUCCUAUUUUUACAGCUGAUUCUGAUUAA